AUGGGCUGGAGAAACCACGCUGACCCCGUUAUCGAAGGCAAGCUCUACCUCGGAAACUUGACCACCGCGUCCACUCCGCAAGGUCUGCACGAGCGCAAGAUCACGCAUAUUGUGUCCGUUUGCAAAGAGCCGAUUCCUGCUCAUCAUCCGCAAUCCGGAUACGUUAUCCACAAGAUUCCGGUUGCCGAUGAGCCAACGGAAGAUAUUUUGAUCCACCUUCCGGCAGCGUGCCAGUUCAUUCACAACGCGAUGAAUACGCAGGGCGCGGUUGUUCUUGUACAUUGUGUGCAGGGCCUCUCGAGGAGCGCCUGUGUUGUAGCCGCUUAUCUUAUGUGGUCCAGACGCAUGUCCGCGACAGACGCGCUUACAAUCCUUCGCCAAGCUCGCGAGCAGAUCUGGCUUAACCCGAGCUUCCAAGAGCAACUCAUCGUCUUCGAAGCGUGCCGCUAUGCGCCUUCUCCGAACGAUGGUGUGUACCGCAAGUGGCGCUACCAACUCGAAGAGGCGCGUCAACAGACAGGACUAGCUAAAUGA